GCGGUUUUCACAUGCCCUGGAGUUGAAGUUCACUUGCAGUUUGCUGUCAAGAGAAUCUGGAGGCGCAUUUGUUCCUUCUUGAUAAACUUUCGGCACAUCAACCGUCAGCCCUUCAGUGUUAUGAUGUACCCAGCGGGUCCAGGAUCUGGUGACUCCCCAGAGGGCUUCCCUGAACAACCGAGGCUCCAACCACAAAUUGGAAAUCGCACAGCUCAGACAAUGGGUACCGAAAAUGCUUUCUUUACAUGUCGAAAAAAUGCCCUCCUGGCGAAGAGCUCGUCCCCCCAGGUAGAGGGUGACUUUGCCAUGGCCCCUCGGGGCCCUGACCAGGAGGAGUGUGAGGGCCUGCUGCAGCAGUGGCGAGAAGAAGGGUCGAGCCAGGUGCUCUCUACUUCGAGUGAGGGUCCCCUUGCAGAUAAGGGAUUAGCCCAGAGCAGCCUGGCACUCCUGAUGGAUAAUCCUGGAGAACAGGAUGCUGCUUCAGAGGACAAGUGGUCCAGCAGGCAGCUGAGUGAUCUGCGGGCAGCGGAGAACCUGGAUGAGCCUUUCCCUGAGGUGCUAGAAGAGCCGCUGCCAGAGGUCCAGGGCCCCUUGUGGGCAGCUGUCCCUGUGCAGACGGGCCCCCAGUAUGCAGACUGUGCUGUUCUCCCAAUGGGUGCCCUGGCUGCAGAGCAGUGGGAAGAGGACCCUGCCAUGGUGGCCUGGAGCAUAGCACCAGAGCCUAUGCCCCAGGAAGAGAAUCCCAUCUGGCCCUUUGAAGGCCUGGGGCAGUUGCAGCCUCCUCCAAUGGAAAUACCAUAUCACGAAAUCUUGUGGCGAGAAUGGGAGGAUUUCUCCACCCAGCCAGAUGCUCAGGGCCUGGAGGCAGGGGAUGGCCCUCAGUUCCAGUUCACUCUGAUGUCAUACAACAUUCUGGCCCAGGAUCUCAUGCAGCAGAGCUCAGAGCUGUAUCUGCAUUGCCAUCCGGACAUCCUCAAUUGGAACUAUCGCUUUGCAAACCUCAUGCAGGAAUUCCAGCACUGGGACCCUGAUAUCCUGUGUCUCCAGGAAGUCCAGGAAGAUCAUUACUGGGAGCAGCUGGAGCCCUCUCUGCGAAUGAUGGGCUUUACCUGCUUCUACAAGAGGAGGACCGGGUGUAAAACGGAUGGCUGUGCUGUCUGCUACAAGCCCACCAGAUUCCGUCUGCUCUGUGCCAGCCCUGUGGAGUACUUCCGGCCUGGCUUGGAGCUCCUCAAUCGGGACAAUGUGGGCUUAGUGUUGCUGCUACAGCCACUAGUCCCAGAAGGCUUGGGGCAGGUCUCAGUGGCUCCUCUGUGCGUGGCAAAUACUCAUGUCCUGUACAACCCACGCCGGGGUGAUGUCAAGCUGGCCCAGAUGGCCAUUCUCCUGGCUGAAGUGGACAAGGUGGCCAGGUUGUCAGAUGGCAGCCACUGCCCUAUCAUCCUGUGUGGGGACCUGAAUUCUGUCCCUGAUUCACCUCUCUACAACUUCAUCAGGGACGGAGAGCUCCAGUACAGUGGGAUGCCGGCCUGGAAGGUAUCUGGACAGGAAGACUUCUCCCAUCAGCUUUACCAGAGGAAGCUGCAGGUCCCACUGUGGCCCAGCUCCCUGGGCAUCACUGAUUGCUGUCAGUAUGUCACCUGUCACCCCAAGAGAUCAGAGAGACGUAAAUAUGGCCGAGACUUCUUGUUACGUUUCCGCUUCUGCAACAUCGCUUGUCAGCGACCAGUAGGACUGGUUCUCAUGGAAGGAGUGACAGACACUAAGCCAGAGCGACCUGCUGGUUGGGCCGAGUCUGUCCUUGAGGAAGACACAUCUGAGCUUGAGCCUGUCUUCCCCAGGGUUGUAGGCACCAUCCAGCACUGCCUCCACCUGACCUCAGUCUAUACCCAUUUCCUGCCCCAGCAUGGCCGUCCAGAGGUCACCACGAUGCCCUUAGGUCUUGGAACAACAGUGGAUUACAUCUUUUUCUCAGCUGAGUCCUGCGAGAAUGGGAACAGAACUGAUGAUAGGCUGGAUCGAGAUGGAACUCUCAAGCUCCUGGGCCGCCUCUCCCUCCUCUCUGAAGAGAUUCUGUGGGCCGCCAACGGCUUGCCCAACCCCUUCUGCUCUUCAGAUCAUCUCUGCCUGCUGGCCAGCUUUGGCAUGGAAGUCACCGCCCCGUGACGGCCCCCAGGGGAAGAGAGCUUCUUUUCCGGAAGACCUCAGUGACCAGCGACUGUGGAAAUGCCCUGUGCUGUGGAAACUUAUGUCCCUCCCCCUCAUUCCCUCCUACCCGUGGUUAGACUUUCUCCAGGCCUGUCCACGUUUUCUGCCUGUGGUCCCUGCCCUGCCCCAACCUCUUCCUAAUCCUUUGCCACAUACUCAGUGGCCUUGGGAGAGGCAGAAGCGGGGGGGUCCCCCUUCCUUCCAUGUACCCAGCGCUCCCCCUUGAUUUUUAAUUACCAGGGUUGUGGGAGCUAUUGAUCUCAUUGGUUAUUUGCUUUUAGGCCGUUUCUUGGUGGUACCUUCUGACCUGACCUUCUCCCUGCCUUCCUGACCCCUGGGCCUAACCCUCUUGCAAGGCAUGCACACAUGUGAUGUGUAUAUGAUGCAUGUGCCCCCUUGGGGUGGGACUGCCCAGCACGGCCAUGCCUGCCUCUGCCUGGUCCACUUUCCACAUGGGGCUGGAUGCCCAAGGGCAGGUUGAGAGCUGGGUGCUGCCAGGUGGCAGCAGGGUUGUGGGCUUUCCCUCUUAUGACCCUCUUGAGUUUCGUCAGUUCUUUAUCUUGCCAGCCAGGGCCUACUUGCAGUCUAGGCUCUGGGAACAAAUGGGCCCCAAAGCCUGCAGCAGCAGAUGGAGGGGGAUGGUACCACCUACCCAGUGGGCUCUGAGCCUUCAGCCCAGAGGUCCCAGCAGGCUGGCCAUGAUUGCUCUAGGGCUUGUCCCUUUCCCAGGCUGCCCUGAGACAGGCAGAAGUUUGAAAUCUUAUGUGGGGUUCAGUGGGCUGGGUGUGGUGUGAAGUUUAAAACUUUCUAAGAAUGGGGAGAAAGAACCUUUAGGAAACUGCUGCUCAGUGUACUCAACAGAAUUGGGAGUCACAGCUGGGGAGAGUAGGUGGGCUCUGCAGCCACCUUAACCAGCACCCAAGACCUAGUGGGCUUGUUCUCUCCUCUGCACACCCACAAGCAGUUGUCUACUGCUUUUUUCAUCACAGUUUUUACUUUUUGCUGCCUCCUCUUUUCCCAUUCCCUUCCACUUUCUCUCUAGAAAAGCCUGUUGUUUCGCACAGGCCAAUUUGUCUCAGCAAAAAGAUGGCUUUGGGCCAACCUGGUCCAAGAACGCAGGGUGGCCAUGCUUGAGGAUUUGCUCUGUCCAGCAUCCCUCAAUGCACAGUGUCUGUGCUUUUCCUUCCGUAGCACAGGGUACCCUGGCCUACCCAGGGACCCCCAGCCCACUCUGUGUCACCUGCAUGCCUUACUUUUUCAUGUCUGGAGUGUGUCCUAGGGUGUUCCUGGGCCAGCUCCUCCCAAUUCCCUGAACUCCAGAGCAAUAGCUGGCCCUUGUCACUGUGACUUGCUGUUGCUCCACUCAGCCUCCAGAAUGAGACUGAAGGGACUAGCCAAGAGGCUUGCGUUAGGGACAGUGGUGAGCCAGAAGUUGAUAUUCUUUUCUUUUUUGAAAGCCAAAGACCCAGCUCCAAUUCUGCUACUGCAUUCCUGGUUAUAAGCUUUCAUGUCUAAGUUCUGAAAUUUUUCCUUUUUUAUGUUUGUGUAUUUUAAAGCUUUGUUUCCUGGGUACCAGGCAUGUGCCUGUCUGAGCCCCAGGCCUGCCAGCCCAUCAUUCACUCUGUCUGUCCUUGGGCACCUCUUGAGGUGGUGUCAAGACAGUUCCCUGUUUGUUCCUAGGAUGAGAGCCCAUCAGUGUUCUCUUCUGCCAGGAAAUGCAGGUUAUAAAUGGCUAAAGACAGCAGAGGCCGGAGUUUGACAGGUUAUCCUUUCUUUGUUUUCUUAUUUGUUUCUGUUUUAGAGAUGAAAUGGGGGGUGGUGGUGGUUAAAUGGUCAUUUAAACUUCAUUCUGCAGUCUGCAGAACUGGGGCAACUUUUUCCAAAUAAAGAUUUACCUUUUACCCCUC